UCCCCCUCCACGGCCCCGUCCCUUAAUCAGCCCACUCUCUCCUCAUCAUCAUGAUUAAAUUUUAAAAGUGUUUAUUGGCAGCUAGACUGUUCACAGUCCCCUCAAUUUUCCGUGGGAUCGUAGAUGUCGAUCGUUGAGUUCGACGGGCCGUCAUCUUGGUUUCUUGAUGCGAGCGAAACUGGGGAGAGUACAAAAUGCCCUUGGGUAGGGGUGGGGGAGGGCACGGUGGGCACGGUGGUCGGCGCCCCUUCACCCCAACGCUAUUAACCCCACCGCCUCUACCCACGGGCAUUUUGUACUCUCCCCAGUUUCGCUCGGAUCAAGAGACCAAGAUGACUCAACGAUCGACAUCUACGAUCUCAUGGAAAAAUAGGGGACUGUGAACAGUCUAAUUGGCAGCCUAAACCAGGAUUAUGGAUUUUAUCUAUGAAAUACCUGUUCAAAGACAAAGGUUUCGAGUCAAUUAAAAACCAAUGUGUCAGCAUUACAAUCCGGAACUGGUCGCCUCAUUGCGUUGCGGGUACAAGAAAGAUGAAAAAAGAUGCGACGAUUUUUGCUCAAAACCUGUAACCAUUCAUAACAUUGUUAUUUAAUUACUCUUCAAACGUAUUCAUAAAAUGUUACAGGGAGAUUGGAAAUGUUCCUUUGAUUUCGACAAUCCACAGAAACAGAGACAGGUCUUCGAAAAGUUGUUUACAAGCCACGCUUGAACUGCAAUUCCAAUGCCGAUAGAUAUCACGUCGACAGAGUCAUUAGCAACACCUUACACUCCUUUGAAUGGCUGUUUGGCUUUUUGUUCGUAAAUUCUUUGCAUUAUGCUAGUUGUACACUCAUUGUGACCUCAGAUAAAGUCGGCGCAAAGUUUCCCUGGUGCGACUAACUAAUUCCAAGACAAAUUGCUAUUGAAGCCUUUUUCUAACGGGUCAAUCAUAUUUCUCCCCCUGCUGGUACUUAUCUCACCGUUACUGACUGAAAUAACAGCGUGAUACCCCUCUUUUGUUUAGUACCCGGUUAAUAAGGUGGCUCUUGGGUCACAUUUCUUUGCUGAAGUAAGCGACUGUUUUCCGUGCGUAUUUCAAACAUUAUUUUCCUCUCGUGCGUUCGUUACCCUCUAACAGCCAUUUAUCUGCGCAUUGCUGCGGUCUGAUAAGUAACCUGUUUCAUGGAAUUAACGUUAACUGAAGGACAAAUAGCAGAUUUCAAGGAAGCUUUCGCUCUCCUUGACAAAGAUGGUGAUGGCACGAUUACCACAAAGGAGCUUGGGAUACUAAUGAGGUCUCUGGGUGAAAACCCGACCGAGCAGGAACUGGAACAGAUCAUAUUAGAAAUCGACAUGGAUGGUAAUGGCAUCAUCGACUUCCGGGAGUUUCUUCAUUUGAUGGAAACGCGCAUGAAGGGAACAGACACGGAGGCAGAACUCCGAGAGAUGUUCAAAGUGUUUGACAUGGAUGGGAACGGUUACAUUAGCGCUGAGGAAUUCAAGUGGACCAUGAUGAAUCUUGGCCAACAGCUGACAGAAGAGGAAGUCGAGGAAAUUAUCAAAACGGCUGAUUUAAAUGGAGACGGGCAAAUUGAUCUUGAAGAGUUCGUGAAAAUGAUGUCGCAAUAAGUGCUUGUACAUAUCGAUAACAUGGACAUCUUGCGAAGGUGAAUUAACCUGCCAAGAGGCAGUUCGAAUCACAUUUGGCCAAUCCACUGUUCUAUUCGUGCGUGUAUAUAUAUUCUGGAUUUGCAACGAUUCAAAAUUGAGUAAACAACAGUAGCACAUUUAAAUUCUCUUCAACUUGAGAAGUUGCAAAGAAUAAUCCAAGGAGCAAUGCAAUUUCGAAUUCAGAUGUGACAUUUAAGCAUUGCGUUUAAUGCACAUUUACUCUACAUGUUGUAGCACAGGAAUAAGACAUGACCAGAAAAAAUGUAAAGCAAUCAUGUAAGGUUUUCUACGAUAUUUUUUCAAACUCUGAUUUAAUCUGUAGGUACGUACAUUAGAAAAAUUACAAAUAAAUAUCCUCCGUAGCAGAAAAGAUGGCGGCUGUACAUUUUACCACAAUACCAUGUAAUGGUAAGGUAAAGUCUGCAUACUUGUACGAACCAAGUGGGCCACCAGGCCGGAAUUAUCUCGGUUUCUGUGGCAUGAAGC